AUGAGAUCCACAAUUUUUGGAAACGGAAUUUCGCAAAAUAUGGUUUUUCCCUUGGAUUAUCCAGAUGUCUCACUUCGAGGAGAGCCAAAAGGAUUGCGUAUUGUAUUGUCUGAGCGUGGGUUAUGGCGAGCAG